GUCAGGUGUGUCAGUUUAACACACAAAGAGAGAAGAGCAGAGUUCUGUACUCCACAAGGUCAGUCAUGCAGUCCUACAGUUCUGCUUUCUAUAUCCUGAUCUACCUGAUCGCUACUUUCACUACGGUGUCUGAAUCAGCUGAUCCUCCAGUGAAGGUGGAUCUUCAUGACUCUGCUACUCUGUCCUGCUCUGAGAGAUGCUCUGGUUUGGUCAGAUGGACUGUGUUCACUAAACCCACUGAUGUUCUGGCUGAGUGUGAUCAGACUUCAUGUAGAUCAGUGAAGGAGGGAUAUCAGAUGAUCCAUGAUCAGUACCUGAAGGGGAAUCUCUCUCUCACCAUCACUGACGCUGAUCUCACUAAGAGAGGCUGGUACACGUGUGAUUGUGAUGGUAAAGAUCUCUGUGAUGUGAAUCUUCAGAUUGAGCCCUUGAAAACUCAAGUUCAGAUAAAGCCUAAUGAGUCUCUGGUGAUGGAUUUGGACAUAUCAGAUCCAGUGAAAGUGAUUUAUAACAGUUCAGACCCAGCAGGACAAUCCAGUGGUCAGAUCUGUACAGUGGAUGGACGCUCACUACAGUGUAAACCUGAAUACACACAGAGAGCAUCUCUAACAUCUGUUCUUGAGCUGAGAGCAGUGACUCCGUCUGAUAGUGGAGUUUAUACUGUAAUGGACACCAGAAAUGAAGACGUCAUUCACAUCUACGAGGUGACCAUCCAAGAUCACUCAUCAGAUCUGGACAGAGAUAGAGGACCUGCUGCACCAGUGAGGGUGAUUAUAGUGCUGGCUGUGAUGGGGACUGGGUUUCUAACUGUGACUGUGGUAUUAGUGGUAUUAGUGAUGGUGAAUGUGAGGCUGAAGAGAGAAAAUCAUCAGCUCCGCAUGAAAGACACAAAGAACAGAGUGGAAACUAAUGAACGCAGUGAUUCCACUGAGGAGGAGAAACUAAAUGAUAACCCAGAAGUGGAGAGAUCAUUACCACCCAAACACAGGACGGGUACAUGAGAGUAGUUAUUCACAUGUAUCAGGCUACAGUGUCCCUAGGGGCCCACUUAGGGCUUGACUUUUGACUCACAAUGGCCUGCCUGCACUGGGCCUGUGAAAAUGUGUUAAUUUUUGCUCAUUUUUUUUUUCAUUAUUUAAAAUUGUUGGCCUUAUGCAGGCAGCCCUAACUUAGCUGUAAAGACAAAUUCAAUUCAGACUGAAUGCACUGGAAAGGAAAUUCAAAAUUUAUAUAUCAUAUUUAUUUUUUAUAUAUACAUUUUGUUUUACAGACUUUGAUACUUAUUAUUUUUAACUAAAAAAUAAUAACAUAUAUUGAAUUCCAUGUUUUCUAAAAAGUGUA